UGCCAAGUGCCAAUGUCAAAUCACAAUUAAUAUCAACCUUUGAGAACACGUGUGGUUUAUUUGAAAUCGUGCAUGGUGAUAGUUACAUAGAAACCGACAGUUUUGAAUUAAUUUACAGUUUUGUUGAUGCUAUACUAAUACAAUAAUCAAAUAUUAUUACUGUAAGUAUAUUAAGUUUGACAAACCAUGGGUCGCAAGGCGAAAUUUGAUGAAACUAAGAAAGUGAAAAAAGGACCCGGCAGGAAAGCUCGCAAGCAGCCCGACCCUGUAUUCAAAAAAGAACUGCUGGAAGAUGAUACAACAGAAAAGAAACUCACUCAUAGACAAAAGCAGAGAGCAGCAAAGAGGGCAAAAAAGAAGGCUGAAUUAGUAGAAAAGAGGAAGGCACUGAAACAAGCAAAGAAAAAUGUAGCAAAACAGAAAGAAGUUACUAUUGAUGAUGAAGGAGAUAACAGUUCUGAUGAAGAAACUCCACAAGGUUUCACAGAUGAUAACAAGGAAUGGCUGAAACCUAAACAGAAAGGCAAACAAAAAGAAAAAAGUAAACCUAAAACGUAUAAAUCAGAGUCUGAAGAUGAGGAUGAUGAAGAAGAUGACAGUGGCAAUGAGGACGAUGAUGGAUCAGAAAUGGAAGUUGAUUCUGAUGAUGACACAUCGGGAAAGAAGAAAGUUGGGGGAGAAAAGUAUAAGGUUGGAACAUUGGAUGACUUAUUUAAGGAUUCAGACGAUGAAAAUGGAGAAGCAUUAUCAGAGGAUGAAGGGGCAGACAGUGGUGGUAAACUAGAAUAUGAUUCUGACUCAAGUGCCGCUGAAAAGGAUAGUGAUGAAGAUGGAGAUGAAGAUGAAGAUGAUGAUAUGUUGCCCAUAGAAAAAGCUAAUAUAAAACUAAAGAAAAAACAAAAGAUUGACAAACAGUUAGCUGAUGAAGAAUUGCAGUUAAACAUUGCUAAACAAGAUGUAUUUGCUUUCCCAUCUGAAGAGGAACUACAGAAUCCAGCUAGUCUCCAAGAUGUACAUCAAAGAAUUAAAGAUGUUGUCACAGUUUUGGGAGAUUUCAACCGCCUAAAAGAAGAAGGCAGAUCUCGUUGUGAAUAUACCGAUCUACUUCUAAAAGACCUGUGCACAUAUUAUAGUUACAAUGAAUUUUUGAUGGAAGUACUCAUGCAAAUCUUUCCAGUCCAAGAACUGGUCGAAUUUUUGGAAGCCAGUGAAACCGCGCGUCCUGUGACUAUCAGAACUAACAGUUUAAAGACCAGAAGGCGAGACUUGGCGCAAGCUCUCAUCAACAGGGGUGUCAAUUUGGAUCCUGUUGGUAAAUGGAGCAAAGUGGGUCUGGUUGUAUACAGCUCUACAGUACCAAUUGGUGCAACGCCUGAGUAUUUGGCUGGCCACUAUAUCUUACAAGGAGCAUCUAGUUUCUUACCUGUAAUGGCCUUAGCACCUCAAGAAAAUGAGAGGAUAUUGGAUAUGUGUGCUGCACCAGGUGGAAAGGCAUCUCAUAUCGCAGCUAUUAUGAAGAACACUGGCACAUUAUUUGCCAAUGACGCUAAUAAAGAGAGGACAAAAGCUAUUGUUGGUAACUUCCACAGGCUGGGAGUAGUGAAUGCUGUUAUUUGUAACCACGAUGGAAGAGAGUUCCCUGAUGUAAUGAAAGGAUUUGACAGGGUGUUGCUGGAUGCUCCCUGUACUGGUACUGGAGUUAUCGCCAAGGAUCCUAGUGUGAAGACAACGAAAGACCAGAAGGAUAUCCAGAGGUGUUUCAACAUACAAAGACAACUGCUUCUUGCUGCCAUUGACUGUUGCAGUGCUAAGUCUAGUACUGGUGGCUACAUUGUGUACUCAACUUGUUCAAUUCUGCCAGAAGAAAAUGAAUGGGUUGUAAAUUAUGCAUUAAAACGCAGGAAUGUGAAACUGGUGCCCACUGGCCUAGACUUUGGUACUGAAGGUUUUGUGAAGUACAGGCAUCAUAGGUUCCAUCCCUCAUUGAAGCUGACUCGAAGAUUUUACCCUCAUACUCAUAAUAUGGAUGGUUUCUAUGUAGCAAAGUUAAAGAAAUUCUCCAAUGUUAUUCCGGAGCCAUUCAAAGAUGAAGAUGAUGAAGAAAUUGACGGUAAAACUACAGAGAAAGCCACAGAAAAUGGCGAUGUUGAUGGUGAAUCGGAUGAAGAAAAACCGAAAUCGGAAAGCAAGAAACCUGUGAAACGACCCGCUUCAGUAGACAGUGCUCAACCACAACAAAAGAAAGCUAAGCCUAAUGUACAAGCUAAAUCUAAUGUACAAGCUAAAUCUAAUGUACAAGCUAAAUCCAAUGUACAAGCUAAACCAAAAGAACAACCUAAACCGAAAGGACAACCUAAACCGAAAGGACAACCUAAACCAGCUGAAAAAAAGUAAGAUAGAUUUCUAUAUAUUACUUUU